UUUGUGCUAAAAUAGUGUCGGCAGGUUUCAGUUUCAAGAAUCAUAAAGAGACAAGAAAGAAAUUGACAAUUUAAUGCAUAAAAGUUUCAGUUUUUUUAGCGUUAAACAUCAUAAAAACCCAAUAUCAGUUACUACUAAUAGUGCAAUUAAUCAAGAAAGUGUCUUUCUUGAUUAAAUGGGGAACCACCAUGGCCGUUUCUUUCACAGGAAACAUCAUCAUCAUCAUCAACAAGGUCCUACAGAACAAACCCAGAAUACCCAGAUGGGUUUGGCUUUGCCUUAUGCUCAUAUUGAUUCCACCUUGCGUGGUCUUGCUGGUAAAGCUGAGGGCUUUGGGGGUUCCUCCAUUGGAGGCCUUGAUGGUCCUAUUUAUCAAGUUGUUAAUCUCAAUGAUGAUGGGCCAGGAUCACUUCGAGAUGGAUGUCGUAAACAAGAACCUCUGUGGAUCGUCUUUGAAGUUUCAGGGACCAUUGAGCUCCGUUCUUAUUUGAGUGUGUCGUCUUACAAAACUAUCGAUGGCCGAGGCCAAAAAGUCAAGCUCACAGGGAAAGGUUUGAGGUUGAAAGAAUGUGAACAUGUUAUCAUCUGCAAUCUAGAGUUUGAGGGAGGUAGAGGACCUGAUGUUGAUGGCAUUCAGAUUAAACCAAAGUCAAGACAUAUUUGGAUAGAUCGUUGUAGCCUUAGCGACUACGACGAUGGUUUAAUUGACAUCACAAGAGAAAGCACAGAUAUUACUAUUUCUAGGUGUCACUUUUCAAAGCAUGAUAAAACAAUACUUAUUGGAGGAGAUUCUUCUAAUUGUGGUGACAGAUGUAUGAGGGUCACCAUUCACCAUUGUUUUUUUGAUGGAACUAGACAGCGGCAUCCUCGUGUUAGGUUUGCCAAAGUACAUUUGUACAAUAACUACACCAGGAACUGGGGAAUUUAUGCUGUUUGCGCAAGUGUAGAAUCACAGAUAUAUUCACAAUGCAACGUAUAUGAAGCUGGACAAAAAAAGGUGGCCUUCAAAUAUCUCACAGAGAAGGCAGCUGACAAGGAGGAACCAUGUACUGGUAGCAUUAAAUCUGAAGAUGACUUGUUUGUUUGUGGAACUCAGGCUGGUUUAUUGUCUACUUGCAGCGAAAAUAACGUCUUCAAUCCAUCCGAGUUCUACCAAACCUGGACUGUUGAGCGUCCCAGCGAUGCUCUCAAACACUACCUUCAACAUUGUACAGGAUGGCAGUGUAUCUCGCGUCCAAAUUGAUCAGCCUUUCUCCAGCUGUUUAGAAUUUCGUAAAUGAACGAGACGAUUACUGAAAUAUGUGUUCAUAUACUACUACAACAUCAUUUAUCGUCGAUUUGUUGUUGCUAUUUGUAGUCUAUUGUCGUUGCCAUUAUAUCUAUGUAUUAUGUUAACAUAAACUACAAUUGAAUAAAGUAAGAAAUUCCUAGAA